AUGACGUUACCUGGUCCAGAGCCAGAAUCUCCAGCAACGCUGACCAAUCUCACGAUCUGCAACUCAUUCAAAAGCGACGUCUCUCUCGUCAAAGAUCCUGAGUUCUGGCGACGUUUUUCUGUGGCUAUUCAUCAAGACGAAGAACAGGCCAGGCAGCCCGAGCAUGGCAAGACGCAGUCUGAAUCAUGGCUAUCGCGCCAACGAAAAAAGACACGUCGUUCCAAGAUCUGUGGUCUUUUGAUCGCUCUCGCUAUUGUGCUCAUAGCCUGUGGAGCAGGUAUUGCAAUCUGGCUUCUAAGCAAGCAUGACCGGCUUCGAGGAGACGGCAAGAGUACGCAACACAGUCAGCCUCAAUCUUCUUAA